AUCAACUACUGUACUUAUUACUAUGUAUAUAUAUAUAUUUAUAUAUAUAACCCAACUUGUAAAUAUCAUUUUCUUCCUCAUGCUGCCAUGGAAUUUUAUCACCAAAACUCAGAUGAUAUCCUUAGCAUCAUAUACGAAGAGAGAAGUUACACCACUUCAAUAGAAACUCCAAGUAGUAUCAAUCUCAAUCUCAAUCAUGAUCGACAACAUCAAUACCACGAUGAAACAUACGAUGACGAAAUAUACCACAAUGAUCCUUACUACUUCAGCCCAUUAGCACCUUCAAGCCCAACCCAAGCCCAUAUCCAGGCCCAGCCCAGUUUUCUGCCACCGCCGAGCCCAGAAUCGCCUUGGACCUGCUCACCUCUCCAAACCCCAUCCCCUUCUCUCCUCUACCACUGCAUCGCCUCCCUCCACCGCCACGACGGAACAAUCUACUCCGUCGCGGUCUCAAACGGCGUCGUAUUCACAGGCUCAGACAGCACGAGGAUCCGCGCGUGGAGGCCACCGGACUGCGUUGAGCGUGGGCUUCUGAAGUCCAACUCGGGUGAAGUCAGAGCAAUUUUAGCAUACGGUGACAUGCUUUUCACUUCCCAUAAGGACCUCAAAGUGAGGGCGUGGAAUUUCGCUGUCGUUUCGAGCAAUUUCCUCUUCAAGAAAUUGUCGUCUAUACCCAGAAAACGACGAAGCUCGUUUCAGCUGUUUUCGAAGCCGAAAUUCACCGAACGACACAAAGAUUGUGUGUCGUGUUUGGCGUAUUACCACGCCGAGGGUCUCCUCUACACCGGCUCACACGAUAGAACGGUCAAGGCCUGGCGAGUCUCGACUCGGAAGUGCGUUGACUCGUUCGUGGCUCACGAAGAUAACGUUAAUGGCAUAUUGGUUAACCAAGAAGACGGUUGCGUCUUCACUUGCUCGUCCGAUGGGUCUGUAAAGAUAUGGAGAAGAAUCUACAGAGAGAACUCUCAUACCCUCACCAUGAUUCUUCGUUUCCAACCUUCUCCGGUGAACGCCAUAGCUCUGAGCUCGUCCUCCGGGUCAACCGGAUCCGGGUUUCUGUACUCGGGGUCCGGGGACGGGACCAUAAAUUUCUGGGAGAAGGAGAGAAUGUCGUACAGGUUCAACCACGGUGGGUUCUUGCAGGGUCACCGGUUCGCGGUGCUGUGCGUGGUGGCGGUGGAGAAGAUGGUGUUCAGUGGGUCGGAGGACACGACGAUUAGGAUAUGGCGGAGAGAGGAAGGGAGCUGUUUGCAUGAGUGUUUGGCGGUGUUGGAUGGGCACCGUGGUCCGGUGAGGUGCUUAGCGGCGUGUUUGGAAAGAGAGAAUCUUGUGAUGGGGUUGUUUCUGAUUUACAGUGCGAGUUUGGAUCGAACUUUCAAGGUUUGGAGAGUUAAGGUGUUGCCGGAGGAGGAACCGGAGCAGGAGCCGGAGCCGGAGAACAGGAGUGUGUACUGUGGUGGUGGUGGGUCCGAGUUCAGUAGUAAUAUGGAUGAGUUGGAUCGGAGCGAUUCGAGGACUCACCAGUAUUACGAGAAUAAUACUACUACGAGUCCAGUUUUGUCACCUUCUUGGGUUCAGAUUAAGAAGAGUUCCCAGGUUAAGCAUUUUCAGUAGAAAAAAUAAACCCAAUGAUAUUUUGGAUUAUACAUACAUAUAAUUUUGUGUUUGUUAUUUUUAUUAACUUUAAUUAAGAAUAAUUAAGCUAAAUUACUAUAUAUAUUUUCCAUGGAAAUAAGA